CUGUAAAGCACCAUUGCAUUUGCAUUACUUAUUUAUUUAGUGUUUUUAGAAUUUAGAUAUUCUAUGAUGAUGUCAUUGUCAAUGUAGCAAAUGAGAAUUAUUUCAGCAAACUUGUGAAUUUAUACAGAAUUUAUUUAAUACAUUGAUGUAAACUCUCAAUAAAGACUGUUGCUGAAAAUGGCUGCAAAGUCAAACGCUGUACCACUGACACGCACUCGAACUGCUGUUUGGCUGAUUGGUCAACCUGAAAAGGACCUACCGAGUAAUGUCCUUCCGACAACGGGCGAUGUUCUUCGUACAUUUUUCCAUUACCACAAAACAAUAAAACAGACAGUAUCUGCCAGUGCAAAGUCAACCUCAUCUGAUUUGGUAAAAAUUUGGAGCAAGGCACGGAUACCAAUGACCUAUCAACCACAUAUCGUGUCAAAGGUGAAGGUAUGCUUUGAUGAAUACAGUUUGAUCAAGAAGAAUAAAGGAAGAGAAAGUGAAUCACAGCUAGCUAGAGAAAAAGCAUUUAAAGACAAACUGAAUCUACUCUUUGAUAUUGCUCACAAAGAUACAGGUACAUUAAUCAAAAUCGAUGAAGACAAGCUGUUUUUGGAGGAUCAGCGGAAUGCUCGCAUGAUGAAGAUGAGUGGAGAAGAUGUAAGAUUAUCACAACAAGAAGAGCGAGCAGCACAGCGUCGACAGGCUGAAGCUGAAAGGAAACAGCGUGAGGAAGAAAGGAGAGAUGCAAUGUGCCAGAAGCAGCCAUCACAAUCAUGGUCUUGAAAGCGACAGUGACGGAG